AUGGGUUUCUGCAAAAGGAAUAUGGCCACCUUCUAUACGCCAUUAGCUAUAGCUCUGCUAUUCUACAAAGUAAUUCCUGCCUCAACUUCUUGUUUACCCGGCUGCUCUUGCACAAAUGACAACUUGGGAAAAUCCUUACUUUGCAUGGAAACCGCCAUGGGACGAAUCCCAGACAACGUUCCAAAUGACUUCAGUAAAAUUCGAAUAGAGAAUUCCCACCUGACCGAAUUACCUCGCGGCUCCUUCGCUAACGUUAACGCCUUGGCGUCUCUGUGGUUGAAUUUCAACGACAUCACCCUGAUGAACGUCAAGAGUCUGGAGGGGCUGACGAAUUUAACGGAACUGCGGCUACAGGGAAACAAGCUGCGUUCAGUCCCAUGGACAGCGUUCCAGGACACGCCGAACCUGAAGAUUUUGGACCUGAAACGCAACCGACUAGACGUGCUCCCGGAAUCCGCCCUGAGACAACUACCAGGCCUGACUUAUUUAGACUUAUCCUUCAAUCAGCUUACCGUCAUAUCCAGGGAUGUCUUCCUCAACUGGCCUCUCCUCAACACGCAGGAGAGAAACGGAGGUAAAGAGGCCAGCAGUGGAGAGGCCAACGUCGUUUUAGCGCUGCACGACAACCCUUGGCUGUGUGACUGCCGCCUCAAAGGUUUCCUUGAGUUUAUAAAAACCGUUAGUCCACCUCUAAUUCUGAUGAACUCGUACCUGACGUGCACGGCCCCGAGUUCCAGGGCGGGAAAGUUCUUCCACGAGGUCGGUUUGAAAACAUGUAUGAAACCCGAGGCCUCAGCCUCAGAAACCAACAUGACGGUGUCGCUGGGGGACAAUGUAACCCUCCAGUGCUUAGUCAAAGCCAGGCCUGACCCCGCCAUCCACUGGUCAUACAACCUGAAGAUUAUAAGGGGAUUUACUGUCUCAGAGACCCGUGUGGACGAUGAGACCGUCAGAUCUCAGCUGGUCAUCCCAUCCCUACACAUGGCGGACCGAGGUGUCUACACCUGCUUCGCCAACAACUUCAUCGGCAACUCCUCCGUCAGUUUCCUGGUCAACAUCAAGUCUUUCAACGCCUCGUCCUCCGGCGGUGCCGCCAUGUCUCCUCCCCCGUUCCUCCUGGCCUCGGCCGACGAGAACAUCUACAUCGACAUCCGCAUCUCCAAGCAGACGGUCUACGGCAUCACUCUGGAGUGGUACGCUGCGACAGACAACCCAACAGAAACCUGGUUCACCAUCCAUUUGGGGAAAUACCACUCCGACAAAAAGGAGUUGACAUACAUCGGGCCGGGCAUCAACACAUAUUCGGUCGACAACCUCCUACCGGUUACUAAAUACGAGGUGUGUGUGACGCUGAAGAACCAGACGCCUCGCGCCGGCCAGUGCAUCGUGUUCGUAACAGGAAGUGACAUCAGCCAGCUGGAACAACGGGAGAAGCUCAUCCAUAUUAUGGUGAUCGUGUGCGUCAUGGGGCUGGCGGUGCCCGUGGGCAUGUACGCCUGCACCACCGACACCAGAUGUACGUUCAGCUGCCUGGACCGCUGUACGGAGCAGUGUAAGAGGAGGAGGCGGCAGGAGAAGACCCUGAGGACGAAUGGGGAGAGACAGGGGACCUUCGACAGCCUACAGGCCACCAGCGAUGAAGGACUCUGUCGUGACUCUGAAGAGGUGAUGAUGAAGAGGAGGUCCUCCCAGGAUAAAAACAACCACAAGGGCAGAGCACAAGAUCCACCAGAGACAACCAUUGGAGCAAAGCUUUAUUAGCUCUAGGUUUUAACGAAAAAAAUAGGUAAAAAUAGGGAGCAGUCUUCUGUGAAGUGAACCUUUAGGAAACACAUCCGUAAAGCUUAAAGUAGUCAAGAGUGAAAUGCCUUUUUUCCAUGUCUGUAGGAAGAGUAUAUUGUUUUAUGUGUUAUCAAAAUGACCUGUCUGUAAGUAAUCAAAUGUUUCUUUUUUUAAAGUUGAUAUACUGUAUCUUUGGGAUAUGUUUUAUUUAACUUGAUUGUUCUCUGUUUUAAAAGAAAAAACUCAUCUGGCAAGAAAUCAUGAAUGUUGCUUCUAUACAUAAUAAUAUAGUUGAAAUAUUUUAAUUGUCUUCAGAAUGUAAUGAACUGCAUUUCCUCUCUGCUCAUUGAUACACAUUCCUUUAGCGCCACACCAGGUUCAGUCAAAUAGACAGUAACCAUGCCUUUGCACUACGACCUUUGUAAUGAAUGAGGCUUCUUUGCUAUUGCUUUCCUGUUUUGGGGUGGGAUGAUGAGGAUUAGAGUUGGGGGUGAAGAGAGACAGCAGGGUCCUAAUAGCUCCCUACCAAAAUCCCAAAGGCUGGUCAAAAGUAGUGCCCUACACAGAGAAUAGUGUGCUACUUAGGUCUUAACCAUGUCUCUCAGAGAGAAGUUAUUUAUUGUACCUUUAUUUAACUAGGCAAGUCAGUUAAGAACAACUUCUUAUUUACAGUCCGGCCAAACCCGGACGAC